ACUAUAGUGACUUGCUUAUGGUGAGAUGCAUAGCCGACUAACCAACUCGCUUGCCUCGCCCGUCGGCCCUCGUCAGUUGAGUCGGUGUUGCGCGAGCGAACGGUCAUAAACGGACGGGCGUAACGCAAAAAGAACGGUGCUUGUGUGACGACCAGAGAGAAGGGCAGUAAGUGCGGACACAAACCCCCUGUCCAGUCCCUCCCCCCCAUCACAUAAUCGUUGCUGGAUUGCGUGGAAUUAAAUUGGUAGCCAUUUGGGGCCGCUUUCUUCGCUUCUACACGAGUUAUUGGGCAGUUCUGUGUGAUGAAUUUGUAAUUGCUGUUGAAUGGAGUUUGGCGAAGGUUUGUCCGUAAUUCAGAACAUCGUCCUCCAAUACCUGAAUGAGUGGAGUGAGUAAGUGACGACGUGGAAAGCUAAAAGUGUUCCUCGGAUGUAAAGGCAGUUGGGAUCUAAAGUGUUCGAUUCAAGGCGUUCUCCAAACUUGGAUGAAGUGGAAGGCAGCAACGUGUACAAGUGUAGUGUUGGUGGAGUUGAAAGAGGAAUGAAGAAUGAUAAUAAAAGUCCAUUGUGUCAAUACGGUUGAGUCGAAGAAACCGAGAAGACGACGAAGAAGAACCUCUGGAAGGUGAGAUUAAAAGCGAAUGCAUAAGAAUUGGAGGAAAGAAGGAAGUUUUCUUUGUGUGAUUUGAUCGUUGACCGGAGUGUUCGCUGGAGAAAGAGAGCCUGUUUUAAAGCGCUGCUGUCUUCUGCGCUUACAUCGGGAAGCUCUUUAGUGGUGGUGUCUGAGGAGUACCUUUUACCUAGUCAGGGUUCGGUAUUAUAGUGGUGGUGAUUGUUGCGGAAGGUGUGUGUAGCAACGAUCAGAAGAUCAAAGCUAGUCUACGUGGAUACCGGAGGUAUGCUGUUUGCGACAACAUUCCGGGCGGCUACUGAAAGCUGUGCCGCUAUUUCAAGGUCUCCCCUAUGAGAGCGCGGUAUUCUUCUGUAGUGCCCCGCAGCAGCACCCAGACCAGCUACUUUUACGGCGAGGUGUGAAUCGUUGUUAAUACCGGAACGCGACCGUUGAAAGUUUCUCGAAACUGCCACCGGUGUUCUACUCGCGAACCAUAACUACCGUUAUAAAGUGCUUUCGACAAAUUGGUGCCAUCUACCAACCCGACUGUGCCUAUUUUUUUUGCGCCGGAAUGAGAUAACAGUGAGUUUGUGAAGAAAGAAAACACGAAUUAAGCUUUUUUCUAGUGCGUGUGACGACGAUGAGUCGUUGAAUGUCCAAGUACCUACGGGAAGUUCGAAGAAGCUCAUAAGUGCCAGGAAGAGGCUGUAAUAAAGCCAAGUAGUGAGUUAUUGAGUCGCCAAAGUGCGUCCAGGCAGCAAAAUCAAAAAGUAUAAAUCGACGAUGUGAUAACGAUCCGCAAACAAAAAGCAGAGAUAUAAAGUGAUUUAAGUGCCUUUUCCAAUUUAAAAUCCAGCAACGGAUUAACGACUAGUGGGCUGAGCAGCAAGUGUAAACGAGUGAUAAAUCGCAAAAGAAGCAGAAGCAGAAAAUAUAGUUCCUGUAUGUUUUAAUCCGUCUCGGAAGUGUUUUAAGACGGGCAGAGAAGACCGUUUUCCGGCCAACGACGCCAACACUGUCAAUCACCUUUGGUGGAAGCUAGAAGAAGUAGUGCCGAAGCUUUUGUGGAAAUAUUUGCGGUUCCGUCUCGACCGAGGAAUUAUUCACUUUUUGCUGUCAUCGAACCUUGUUGGAUUAUAGUCGGAGCGUAUUUGUGGCAGACCCGUUCGUUAAAGAUAUCGACUCAUUGAGGUGACUCAAUUGCAUCGACAAUCGAAACCGUCCAAUACCGAGUAUUCGAACGAAAGCUCAUCGCGAUAGCCUUCCAGAACGUUCACCCGCCCUCAGAUAGCGGACAUUUCCAAUGAAGCGAAGGUUGACGCGAAGGAACCCCUGAUAGUGUGCAACUGUGUGCCUUAUCUAACCUGGCGGUGCGUUACGAGGCGUACACACACUCAUCGCUUUUACCAUGAUAGAUGUCGGUAGCAAUCAUCAUUCUACGAUAACGGCAGUAGCGCUAGUAUUAUCACUUCGAUUAACCUAGAAACUAGUGCAGCGAGUGACCCCGAGGCAGCUGCCGAGUUAUCUCGGAGACUGAAAAAAGCAACAGAGAAUCAGUUUUAUUUCCAUUUGGGAAGAUUUACAUUUUAGUAAUAAUACGUAAGAGUUUAGUACGUAGCGUUAGUCACAAAAAUGAAUAGGUUAGUGAUAGUAAGCCUAAUAUACCUAGCGGUGUCGGUGAUUACGACACAUUCAGAUGAUAACUUCUACAGUAGAAACGACGGUCGAAGUAGCAAUCGAAUCGAUUACCGUGAAGUGUUUAGCUUAAACCGACAACGACGAAGUUUAUACGACGAUUCGUACGACAUUGACAAUAGACUGAGUAAUUUGGCUUCGGUAGCGAACAGUCCUCGAUCAUUUCGACCGGUCGACAAUCGGAAGCCGGUAUUUGUGAACUGUGAAGGUUAUGCACCCUCGGUACAGGAAGAACGUGAUCCAGGGACGUAUGUUAUCCAGGUCACUGCUACAGAUCCGGAUGACCAUCAGACGAUAGCGUACAGUUUUGUGACUGCUCCAGGUGAGCGACCAAAAUUCCGCAUAGACAAGAAUACCGGGUUGAUCACUACCAUUCAUCGUUUUGAUCGCGAUGAACCGAUUCGGGAGAAAGAGGUUUACAUCACUGUUCGAGCUACUGAUGAUGGUCUGCCCAACUUGGACGACGUUUGUACGUUUAAGGUGACGAUCGAAGAUAUCAACGACAAUCCGCCGGUGUUUGACAAGACACGAUACGAUGAACCCAUCACCAAAGACGCCAAAGUAGGAUUCAGGGUAGCAUCAAUCUCUGCUACCGAUCUGGACGAUGGGGAAAACAGUGUCAUCAAAUACGAAAUCUUGAAGAAGCAGAGUGAUUACAGUCACUUCAGGAUAAACGAAAACAAUGGAAUCAUAACUUUAGCGAAAUCAAUCGACAAGAGCCCCGGUCAAUACUAUCUGAUCUUUGUUAGGGCUUACAACAACGUUCCCGAUAUGCCCCAAGACGCAGAGGUGGAGGUCAAAAUUCCUGUGAUCGAAUCCAACAAGCUGCCUCCGUAUUUCACUGAGGCGCAACUGCAGCCGAUCUCCUUGGAUGAGAACUUCAGUAACUACAGUGCAGCCUUAGCAACGUUACGAGCUAACUCCCGCGUACCUGGAAAGCCCGAGCUGAUUUUCGAAUUGAUCACCGGUCGCACUGAACAGACCAACAGCCGUAACACUUUCCUCCUUGAACAGAAAGGAGACACUGCCAUCGUUUUACUCGGCAAGGCCCUCGACUACGAAACCAUUACCGAGUACACGCUUACCGUAAGUGUCAAAAACACGCACGACCUGAUCGCCCAAAGCAUCGUCAAAAUCAAAGUCCUGGAUGUCAACGACAACAUUCCGUAUUUCACUGAGGUAACAUCCGGCUGGAUUCCGGAAAACGAACCCGCGGGAACACCAGUCAUGCAGGUUCGUGCCUUCGAUAUGGACGGUACGCCUGCCAACAACAUCGUAUCAUUCCGAUUGGCAGACAACGAAGAGUACUUCUCCAUCGACUACAACACGGGAAACAUUACUGCCUUGGUGACAUUCGAUCGUGAAGCGACUGAUACGUAUCAUCUGAAAAUCAUCGCGGAGGAUAACUCCCCCUCGGCCCUGUACAACAACGGCAAGCCCAAUUCCAUUUCGCAGACCUUCAUCAUCAAGAUUUCCGACAAGAACGAUCACCCGCCCAAGUUCACCAAAGACUACUAUAUCGCGGAAAAGAUCCCCGAAGACGCCAACACAAACACGGUGGUUAUCCAAGUGCUGGCACUUGAUAUCGAUACGGCGUCGCAAAUCACCUACUCAAUCGUGUCCGGUAACAUCGGCAACGCAUUCAAGAUCGAUGAAACGACCGGUGCCAUUUCGGUGAACAACGAGCUGGACUAUGAGAACAUUACCGAGUACACGCUGCAGGUUCGGGCAUUCGACGGUACGUACGACGACAAUGCAACGGUUUCCAUCAAGGUUGAGAACGUGAACGACAACCUGCCCAAGUUUGCGCAAAACGAGUACAGUUUGGAGAUCGACGAGGAGAAGAUCAUGGAUGGUUGCAUUGUUACGAUUGAGGCGUGGGAUCCGGAUAUUCGCGAUCGAUCGGACCCGCAGCACAUCAAGUUCGCCAUUGUCAAGGUCGAGCAGCGUCCACUUUUGGAGAUCGACGAUGAGGGAUGCUUGAGACAGAAGGCUCCUCUGGAUCGGGAUCCUCCGAACGGGCACAAGUCAUGGCAGGUGAUCAUUUCCGCUACGGAUGAAGACGGCAGCGGUCGGCAGUCGACGACGACGGUCAAUAUUAUACUGAACGAUACGAACGAUAAUCCGCCGUUCCUGACGAACAAGAUGCCGGUUGUUUGGUAUGAGAAUCAGGAUCCGGGUAGGAUUGUGACGUUGACGGCAGACGAUUACGACGAACCGCAGAAUGGACCUCCGUUCCAGUACGAGAUCUCGGACAGCGCGAGCGAUGACAUUAAACAAAAGUUCCGCAUCGAUACGGAUGUUCUGUAUGCGCAGGUGAGAUUCGAUAGAGAACGGCAGAAGGAGUACUUUAUUCCGGUUCUGAUCACGGAUAGUGGAAAGCCGCAACCGUUGAGCAAGGUCAGCAUUCUACAUCUGGUGAUUGGGGACGUUAACGACAACGAGAUGCAGGACGGCGAGAGCAAGAUCUUCGUGUACAAUUAUAAGGGAGAAUCGCCAAAUGCCGAUAUCGGGCGGGUGUAUGUGGACGAUUUGGACGAUUGGGAUCUGCCGGAUAAGACGUUCAACUGGCGUGACGGGUACAGUCCGGAUCAUUUUGCGCUGAAUACGGAUACGGGAAUGAUCACGAUGCUGCAGGGAACUCGUGGAGGCGACUACGAGCUGUUCUUCACAGUGACUGAACAGUCCAGUUUCUUCCCGAGGCAUUCGGUGUCGGCGAAGGUGCUGGUCACGGUGAAGGAAAUCCCCGAGGAAGCGGUGGACAAAAGUGGGUCGAUCAGAUUCUAUGGAAUCACGGCCGAAGAGUUUGUCUCGAGGAGCCCGUCGCUGUCGUUGACGCCGAAAGAUCGGCUACAGAACAGUAUUGCGGAAUUGUUCAACAUCAGUAGGGAGAAUGUGGACGUGUUUACGGUGCUUCAGCGGGAUAAUAAUGCUUCGUUGUUGGAUGUGCGAUUUUCAGCGCACGGAAGUCCGUAUUAUGAACCAGAACGAUUGAAUGGCAUCAUCGGGUAUAAUCAACGGUCCCUGGAGGAUGAGUUUGGAUUGAAGAUGAUGAUGGUCAGCAUUGACGAGUGUAUCGAAGAAAAGGUCCGAUGUGAGUUGUCUUGCAAAAAUGUGCUGCACAAGUCGAAUGUCCCCAUUGCGGUGUACACGAAUACGAGUUCGUUUGUGGGAGUGAAUGCGUUCGUCCAGGCGGAGUGCGUUUGUGAUGCUCCUCCGGUGGUGACUGAGUGUUUGAAUGGAGGAACUCCGUUCAACGACAAGUGCGAAUGUAUGGAAGGGUACGAGGGUCCACAUUGUGAGAUAAUUUCGAUUGGUUUCUACGGCCAUGGGUACGCGAUGUAUCCUCCGGUGAGUCCGUGCAAUAUGACCAGGAUCAGUAUGGAGUUGACGCCACAGCGGGAAGACGGAUUGGUGAUGUACAUUGGUCCGUUGAGCUACAAUCCGCUGCUUCCGGUGCAGGAUUUCCUGGCGUUGGAGCUGGUGAAGGGACUGCCUGUGCUGCUGUUGGACUACGGAACUGGAACGAUACGUAUCGAGCACAAACAUCGGUUUCCUCAGGGGCGUCCGUUUACGGUGGAGAUCGUGUUACAACCGCAGACUGUGGAGAUGAUUGUCGAUAACUGCAAGCUGUCUACCUGUAUGAGCCUGGAUGCUCCCAAGGGUCCGAAUGAAUCACUGAACGUGAAUGCUCCUCUGCAAUUGGGUGGAGCGGCUGUGAAUCUGGAAUCACUGGGAUCGAUGUUCAACUGGACGUACGUUCCGCAGGGUAAAGGCUUCUCGGGAUGUCUACGGAACCUGACGAUCAACGAUCGAACGUACAAUUUGGGAGCUCCGAGUUUGGCGAAGAAUCACGAUCCGGGAUGUCACCGUUCGGUGGCCGUUGCGGUAUCGUUCGGAAUCGAUUCAAAUUUCUUGAUUGCGAUCAUUGUGUGCAUAGCUGUGCUGUUGAUUCUACUGUUGGCGGUUGUCGUGCACAAGAAACACCAGGACGGAUGGCACGAAAAGGACAUGGAUGAUAUCCGGGAAACGAUCAUCAACUACGAGGAAGAAGGCGGUGGCGAACGGGACGCGGAGUAUGACUUGGCGGUGCUUCGAGCACCUCCGAUCUACAUGGACAAACCCUACGGAAACGAUCUGCGACAGAAGGAGGCGAAUGAGGUGCCAGAUAUUGGCGCUUUCCUGACGGACAAGAAGGACGCCUGCGAUAGGGACGCCGAUGCGUAUCCAAUCGAUGACGUGCGGCACUACGCGUACGAAGGAGACGGCAACAGUUCCGGGUCGUUGUCCAGCUUGGCGUCCUGUACGGACGAAGGUGAUCUCAAGUUUAACUAUUUGUCCAGCUUCGGGCCACGGUUCCGGAAGCUGGCGGACAUGUACGGAGAGGAACCGUCGGACACGGAUUCGAACGUGGAUGACGACGAAGGAUGGAGGAUAUGAGGCGUUGGGUAAGACAUAGAGUUAAUAUAUUUGGUUUCGACGGAACCAUCCGAAGGUGCGCACCCGAAGUGAGGGAUUGUUCGGCUGUCGCGGAAGCCAAAGACUAGUUUUGGGUCGGUUUUGGAACAGGAUACGUAGGAUACGAUACAAAUGUUUAGUUUUUGUACAGAUUUAGUAUUCGCAGAAACGGAGAAAAAGUUUGAAUAAAUGAAUGAAAUUUUUGUCUAAUCCCGACCGACCGAACCGUGCAGCGUUGGUAGAAUCCUAGGGUAAGCUUUUCGGAUGACUCACAAAGCCUGUGGAGAGUGGAAUGGGAACGGAAUAGGGUGGAUGAUAGAGGCAGCGAACGAAGCGUGCAACCUAAAUACACGUGACCAAUCGGUGAGAUAUUGGUGCGGCCUGUUGUUAUGCUAGAGAAAGCAUUUUGGGCUGGUAUCCCCGAAAAAAAUAUAUAUACAUGUAUGGAGAUAGCGAGAGACAUUCCUUUGUGUUUUAGAUAUGUUUAUACGAGCAUUUCCUGAUGAGUCAUUUUCAUUUUAGAAACAUGACUCGUCGCUUUUUCUAUCUGUAAGCGGUGUAGGGUUAGUAGCUCGAAUUACGCUUUGGUCGUUGUGGGGACGAGUUUUCGGAUUCGUGUAGGGAGUUUGAUGAAGAUUGACAGCAAAGUCUUCCACCUGUAGACAUAAGAAGUUAAAUCGUUAACAUACAACUCUGAAACUCGUCGGUCCCGAUUUUAGUCCUGCCGUGCUGAUUCCAGUCGUGUCCAGAACGUAUGGUCUGGAAACGACCGGAAUCAGCACUUAGUACUUGUGUACAGUAGAAUGCGAUGGAAUGUAACCAAAUCGACCCAAAGCGUAUUUCGAUCAACCAAAUGAGGAACAAGUUUAUAGAUUCGUUCGAACGAACAAUGUACAUACUUUAACGAGGGAAAGACAGAGAGAUAACCACUGCCUUUGUUUGUCCGCUUAUUACCCGAAGCGGAAGCAAACAACACAAACACACAUACACACAUAUACCACAAAGUAUUUUGAGAUGCAUUUUCGAACACCUCUGUCUAGACUGGAUUGGAAGAAUCGAAAGAGAGUUGGUGCAGCACCAACAGAGAAAAAAAAAUAAAGGAAACGUAAUGACCAUAAGUCCGGAACCGGUCGCACCAAUAUCUCACGGUCAUCACGCUGUACAUAUAGUCAGAACAGGAUGGUUUUUCUGUUGUUGUGGGUCAUUCUCCUUUGCCUUCAUGCGCAAUUUCGUCCACGCUAGUGGGUGAUAGUCAAUCGGUACAAGCAAGGCAUAUAAUGUAAAACAUUACUGUUGAAUCAUUUUCGGAACAAAAACGACUCUGACAGUUCUUCUGGUUUUUAUUCUAAUCUAACAUAUAUGCGAGCUUUGUGAUUUUGUGAAUUCAUUCAUUGCGGAAUAAAAAAAAGUUAUUAAACACUCAGAAAAUUUAUUAAAAAUAGUUUCUUUGUUAUAAUUUUUUUAAUAUUUUUUCCAAAUUUAUGUCGCAAGUCUUAAGUUUACGUCAGAAUCACAUUGUUUCGACAGAAACCUUGAAGAUUGCACCUAAACUCUGGUGAUAUCGAAUAUCUGAGUUUCGGUCCAAUCCUUUUACUUCUCUUAUGGAAUCUUCAAGUUUCUGUUGGGAAACAUUCUAUCUGUUUAAGUUUCAUGCCAAUAUGUAUAAAGAAAUCUUCGUAAAAUUCUAUGGUUUUAUUGGUACCACAUUUAUAAUAUAUCCCUACAUUCUACAGGAUUUAAGUUGACAGGAUUCCUCAAGAAAUCGUCCAGAUCUAGCUGAUUAUUAGGGUUCUGUAAGAAAUCUAAAAAGAACCUUCAAUCCCAAGAAAUCGCCGGAAAUUGACAGAUUCCUCCAAAUGCCUCAAAUUUUGAUAGAAAUCCGUAGGAUACCGUUUCAAAUUCUUAGGAUUGCACUAGCAGGGUGUCUACUACCUGAUAAAAAAAAACAGGGAUCAUCAGGGAAUUUUACCUUGAAAAAAAAAAAAAAACUACAAUUCUCAGGGAAGUUUAGCUACACUCAGGAAAAUUAUUUUGAAGCAGUAGAAUAAAUCCGUUUUGUAACAAAAAAUCUUUGCUAUUGGAAAUUUUGUUUCGGCUGCGCCACUAUCAAAACGCUACUUGAACUGUUAAUGUGUUAAGUUCUGAAAUUUUUCUUAAAUGAUUUUUUUUUUUCAUUCAGCACAAAAAUGUUUAGACAUGGAAGCAGAAAAUAAAGAUUACCAAAUUGAACAUGUGAAACAUAGUUAAACCAUUCCAAUUAAAAAAAAGUUUGUAUUCUUAAAAAAAUAACAUUGCAAAGCAAAGCAAAGAGCAACACUUACAACAGGUACGUUAAAUAGUACAUUUCUCAUGUAAGCAGGUCUCUGUUUAGAGCCUUGGUAAUUAAUAUAAUGCAUAUCUCUAAAAUAUCAAUAUUUUUGCUUUAAUCUGCUUGCCGUGAAUCCUGGUGCAACAUUCUAGAGAAAUCUUCAUAGACUAUCGUACAAGUUCUUAAUGAUAUUUUUCUCCGAUCCAGAGGAAUGUUUCAGGAAUUUUAGUAAUUGCUCCAGAGAUUCCUGUUGGAGUACUUAGGAACUCCUCCAGGAAUGUUACCAGCGAUUUUUUAAUGUUUUGUUAGAGGAAUUUCUACAUAAUUUUGUUAACAAAUAUUAACAGUGUGGUAACAGCAUUAUUUUAACCGAACUUCUGUGAAAUCAUAAGACAGCCGAUUUGGCAGGCAUGAGUGUCUUCUGUUUCAGGUUUUGAACACCACUAACAAUCAGUGAAAGCUGGCUUAGUGGUAGCAAGACUACUUCCUGAGCAGUAGGUCGGGAGUUCCAUUUCCGGUCGGGUAAUUUUCGAGUUUUUCGUUAUGAUUUUGUUCCUUGAUUUCACAGUUUGUUAGGUGAUUUUUCGCAGGUUUCUAGUAUGUGUCACCUCAACUAAUUUUCACAGAGAUUACUCUGAAAACAAAAUAUUUUUCUCUGGUUCAUUCACCGUUUUCUCCUGUUGUUACUUCUAGAAGAUUUUCCAUUGAUCCUACAAAAGUUCUUCCACAAAGGUUUAUUCCAGAGUUUAUAAAAAUGCUUAAAAUUUAUUCCAAGAAACCCUACGAUAAUUCGCCGAUUUUUUCAUUUAUUCUAAGCAUUUUAAUAAGGAUCCUUCCACAAAUUCAUUCACCAUUAUUCUCAGGAAU